CCCUGGUGGGUGUGGGAAGUGUUGAAACUGAACUGAGAGUUGUGUCACGGAAGUGUUAGUGAGUUUUGUUUGCAACGGCGUCAUGAAUCUUUCAGUCGUUGGGAAGUAAUCGCGGUGAUUAAACGGUAAGGCCUCCAAGUAUCGAGGAACAGAGGGACCUCGUUGUACAAGGGAGGGACACACACCGUGAACGGCAGGGAGUACUGAGAAACAGAGGGACAUCAGCGUACGUCCAUGGAUCCCUGAAGGAGACAGCCCAGACCCACCAUGUCGUUCUCCGGAGACCGGUCCAACUCCACCCUCGGUGGGAACUUCUUCUCACGCGAUUCCAUCCCAGGGGACCUCAGCAACCAGUGGACAGCGUCCACCGUCUUAUUCAUCAUCAUCACCGCCCUCACCUUCCUGCUCGGCGUCCCCGGCAACGGCGCUGUCGUCUGGGUGACGGGCUUCAAGGUAAAGAGGGGCGUCCACACCAUGUGUUUCCUGAACCUGGCUGUGGCGGACCUGAGCUACUGCCUCACCCUCCCCUUCCUGGUGUCCUCCUACUUCGUUCUAAGACCCUGGCCCCAAGAUAAAUUGCCCUGGGUGUUCCUCCUCUCCGCCAUCGCUCUCAACAUGUCCGCCAGCGCCUUCCUGUUGACCAUGAUCAGCAUCUUCCGCUGCCUGGCCGUCACUCGGCCCAUCUGGUUCCACCAACAGCUGGGCCAGGCUUGGGUGCGUACGGCCAUCUUCGGGGUCUGGGGCCUGGCCUUCCUCACUUCCUUGCCCUACUUCCUGAUCGAGCAGAUUGACCUGUAUUUCGGGCGCAAGACCUUUGCAGUGUUGGACGCAACUUGGGCCGUCUUCAUCUUCGGCCUCCCCGUUGCGAUCAUGGCCGCCUGCUACCUCGUGAUUGGCCGGGUGCUGUGCAGGGACCAGUUCACCAAGUCCAGGAAGCCCGUCCGCCUCAUCGUGACCGUGGUGGCGGCCUUUAUCGUCUGCUGGCUCCCCAACAAUAUCUGCAGCCUUCUCCAGGCCUUCUCCCAGCCCGUUCCCACUGAAUGGAUCUACAUCACGUUCGGUGUGGCCUCCUUCAACAGCGCCCUCAACCCCCUUCUCUACGUCUUCGUCGGCCGCGACUUCCGCCGGGUAUUCAGGCGCUCGUUGGCCGCCUCACUCCGCCUCGCCUUCACCGAGGAGGGAUCAGACUUGCAGAACGACUCGUCCAACCCCACCGACGACACGGACACGAGGGUCUGAGGGACACCACAUUCGCGGACCCUCGGCCGAGCGACGUCCCCUGACGACGGGGGAGGAGGACGUUCGCCUGCGGAGGAAGGGUCCCCAGUGGGGGUUUCUCCACGCGGGAGUCCUCCCACUUGACAUCGGGGACUUGGGGCGGAGAGUGUUCCACACAGCGUUCAGAACAUAGAACAGUACAGCACAGGAACAGGCCCUUCGGCCCACAGAGUCUGUGCUGAACACCAUGCCAAAUUAAACAAUCCCUUCUGCCUUCAGAUGAUCCACAUCCCUCCAUUUCCCACCUGUCGAUCCGUCCGUCUAAAUACCUCUUCAACAUUGAUAUGGUGUCUGCGUCCCGCAUCUCCCCCGGCGGCCCCUUCCACGCACCCACCACUCUCUGUCUAAACAAAUCGUCCCUCACGUCUCCUUUAAACGAUCCCCCUCUCACCUUAAGCGCACGUCUUCCCGUAUCUGACAAUUCCACCCUGGGGGAAAAGACUCUGUCUGUCUCCCGGGUCUCUGCUUCUCGUGAUUUCAUGAAUUUCUUUCAGAUCUCCCCACCGCCUCCAGUGUUCCGGAGAAAGCAACCUAAAAUUUUCCGACCUCUACUCAUAGCUCAUGCUCUCUAAUCCAGGCAGCAUCCUGCUGAACCUCUUCUGCACUCUCUCCAAGGACGCCACAUUCUUCCUGUAACGGGGCGACCAGAACUGCACACAAUACUCCCACUGGUACCUCACUCUUACACCCAUGGUCUUAUCCAAUGAAGCCAAGCAUGCCGUACGCCUUUUUCACCACCCCACCUACUGCCAGAAUAACAGCCCUCCACCUGCACUCUGUCCUCUUUGGGUAGGUAAUUCUGAG